GCUCGGCUUUCAUGACGGAAUGCGUGUUGCAUAGUCGGUUCCCCAACCAUUGCCGACACUUGAACAACCACGGACAACCGCUCAUAGUUAGCACUACCGCGACCCACAAAAUGGUAGCACAACAUAGAGACUAUAUCCUCGAAUCCUCCGAUAUUCAAACCGCACAAAUCGUCCCUCUGUAGCGGACUACUCUAGCCUUUCUUCAUGGACAAUAGAUCGCUUGCACUUCUCUCAGCAGCACUUUGGCGCCCCUGGUACCGUACAAUUCGAUCUAAGCACAUACAAUGGCGAUCUCCAAACCAAUGGAUAUCACUAUCUUAGGCGGCGGAAUUGCAGGCCUCACGACCGCUUUGUCUCUUACCAAGUUCGCACCUCCGUCACGCCCACCGCCGAAUAUCACUCUCUACGAGAUUAGGCCAGAGCCAGCAACUAUUGGUGGCGCCGUUAACCUGACCCCCAAUGCCCUCCGUUUGUUGUCUCACCUCGGCGCCCUGGAUGAGAUCCGUGCCCGUGACUACGGAAAAGAGUGCCUCGCUGUAGAAAUAUUCGAUCUCUACACCAACCAAAAGAUUGCAGAAAGCAGUUUCCGUGGGCCUGAUGGAAAGGGAUUGGGUGAACCACCGUUCACUGCGCUCAGGAUUACGCGGGGAGAUGCAUUGAAGGGUGUUCUCGCUGCAAUUGAGAAACAUGCAAACAUCAAGUUGAUUUGCGGCAAGAAGACGGUGGAUAUCAGCGAAGACAUUGACGGUGUGACGAUUCAGUUCGAAGAUGGCGAGACAGUGAGAAGCGAUAUUCUAAUUGGCUGUGACGGCAUACACUCAGUUACGCGGCUGAAGCACGUAGAGCCUGAGAGAAAGAGCAUAUAUUCUGGUAUCUGCAAUGCGUUUGGCUUUGCGAAGAGAAGAACGACAGAGACAGGGCAAUUUGAAGAGACACAUUUUGAGACUAGUGGUAUGAACUUUGGGCGCAGAGGUAUUCUUCUCACAUCCUUCCACGACUCAGCCAAAGACUCAAUAUAUGUUGGCGCCCUAAUGCAAGUCCCGGAGAUCGCGUCAAGAGAUGGCUGGAAAGCUGCUGGCGCAGAUGCGGAGAAGACGCGGAAAGACAUAAUGGAGCGGUACGAUGGUGCUGCGAAUCCGCUGAUUGGACAUUUGAUUGAAGACGCUGGGGAUCUCUUCUUAUGGCCUGUGUUUACGUUGAGCAAGGGCGGAAAGUGGGCAACAGACCGUGUUAUGCUCAUUGGCGAUUCAGCGCAUGCAAUGCCUCCUCAAGGCGAGAGUACAGGUAUCGUAUUUGAAGAUGGGGUUCUGUUUUCUAGAUGUUUGGCGAAGUGGAUGCAGACUAGGCGAGAUAAUGGUGUGCCGGUCAAAGAGGCGUUUGAUGCAUAUCAGAAGUUGAGACGAGCGCGCAUUGAUACAGCGUUUAACGAGAGUCAGAGCGUGGUCAAGACAGUACAGGACACACCGUGGCUAGGGCACAAGAUCAAAAUGAAUGUCGUACCGUGGUAUCUCUGGUGGACAAGAAGUUAUCGGGACAAACAUUUCGUGGAGGAUGUUACGACUUGUGAGCUGGGGUAUUAAGCUGUGAUUACUGGAAGUAAAGGGUUGAAAUUUACGGUCUUGUAGGCGAAGUGAAGGUCAAAAUCAAUACAGGGUAUAUGAUUAGGCGCCUGAUCAUAUACCCUGUAUUGGCCCAUACCUUUGUACUCCUUUGUACUAAUCACGACGGCCAUCCGUUGUGCUACAGAUGGUCGUCGUGAUGUUACGCAGAUUUAAGAAUUAGAAGUAUUAUAUAUGCCU